AUGAUUAUUACUAUUCCCAGCCUGCACCAUCAUCUUAUCGAGCAUCUGAAUGCAGAGAUUGUUCUCAACACAAUCACGGAUGUGACUAUUGCACUAGAGUGGCUGAAAUCAACCUUCCUGUAUAUAAGGAUACUGAAAAAUCCUCUGCAUUACGGUACGUUGAAUAAUCUGUUCGAUUCAGGGAUAAGAUUAAGUCUUAACCCCUGAACUUACGUUGUUUGUAAAUAUUUGUAGCCUUCAACCUGAGCGCAUACAAUAAUAUAGUAUUGCUGUUCACACGAUAUUUUCACUUUGAUUUCUAAGGGAUUCCUGAAGGGCUGAAGAAAGAAUGUUUGGAACAGAAACUGCAAGGUGACUUCUUAGCAGUGAUCCAGGCACCGGCCUUAUAAUUGCGCUCUACGUAUAUAAACCGGCGCCUUCUACACGGAUGACUUGAGUCUGUAUCUCGCUAGCGACGCAGACAUAACACAACAACAAGUGCGAGAAUAAAAGUCUCUAGUCAAUUGAAUACCGACGUCAACAUAAUAUCAAGCAUGCGAAGAGAAAACAUUUUCAUUCUUGUGAAUGUCCUUAACGAUAUGCUUGCGUUGCUAACUUCUAUAGAAGCUUAUAAAUCAUGGUUUUUUGGUUCAUUCCUUUUCCUCUUGAUGUCAUGGUUGUUGUUUGUUUCCUGGCGUCUUGGCGAAGACCGGCGCAGUCAAAUGCUCUUUUUUUAUUAUUUUUUCAUCUUUUUAAACAGACAUUUGUUUGAAAAGCCUCAACACAUUGGAGCGAGCAGGGCUUAUAAAAAUGGACGAUGGAUUUGAUCUGAAGCCCGCAGGUGGGUUUCUAAUCUUCAAACUGGAGUGAUUAUGCCCGUAAGAAAUUGAAUAGCAGGAAAAUUGGGCAACUAAAUCAUUUCUAACCCAGACUAAGUUUUUUUUCGAAUGCUCUGCUCUUUCUUGCAUUUAGUGAACAUUUUCUUGAGUUCAUGUGUUGUAUACCGAUUGGCUGCAUUCGUGAGCCCCCUUACAGAUAUUUUUUUCAGAUCUUUUACUUAUCAUCCUUGCCUCUCAUAUUUUGUUAUAUUUCAGAGGCAGGUCGACUGAUGGCCAGGUACUGCAUUGCCUAUGACUCAAUGAAAGAGUUUCUUGAAAUUAAGGGAAAGGAAAGCCUUAGUGACUUGGUAAGUAGCUUUUCUUCUGUCGUGCUAUUUAUUUAUUCGCCCAUCAUUGUAAAAGUUAAUAUUGUACAUUUGGUAUUCUUAUAAGUAUACGUGAGCAGGAGAUCUCAGCGAGCUCUGCUGAGCUUUUUAGAAGAGAUCCCAAUCUUUUAUUUAUCAAUUAAAUUACUAAUACAUUGUUUGGCGCUAACCGAUCUAUUGUUGAGAGUUUUUUUUUGUUUGACUUCACGUCGGAGUUACCCUACAGUUACAAAUUUUAGGUUGAGCUGGUUUCGAAAUGCAAGGAAUUUUCAGAUGUUAAGCUACGAGUCAAUGAAAAAAGAGCACUGAAUGGUCUAAACAAGGACAAGAACAAGCCAACUAUAAGGUAAAACAAUGCCGCCUGUAUUUAGAGGGAACAAAGUAAUUAUGAGUAUGGGCUGCAUGUCUCAAUGAAGAACAUUCAGCUCUUAGGACAGCCAUCAAGGAACCCUGAUUUAAUGCUGUCAAACAUAAAGGGAAAAAGGGAUAGAAAUGGGUGUUACCGUGGGUAAGUGUUUAAAACAUUUUGUCUCUUGUUUUUGGGUAGGUUUCCAAUUAACGGAAAAAUCAAGACAACGGACCAAAAAGUUAACUGGUACGUUAGUCUUUCAUGACUGUGUGUCUUUAUUGUUGUCUUGUAACCUCCUUAUAGCACUUUAUUUACAAUCUUCAGCCUCAUUCAAGCGACGCUUAGUAACCUUACUAUAACAGACUUUACCUUAAGUCAAGAUGUUACGGUCAGUUCAUAUUUCACCUUGUUUUUCGAUUCUGUCAAAAUUUAGUGGCUGACAGGAUUUAUUUCAUUUGAGACAGUAAAAGUUAUACUUAUUUAGUUUUUCCUCGUCAUAUUUUUUCUUCAGAAAAUCUUCCGAGCCGGACAAAGAAUCACUCGUUGUAAGUGAAAAAAAAAUAUGUGGUUAUUAGUUUUGUUUCUAAACAAUCGACUGUCCAUCCUCAGAGAUCCAAGGGCAGUCAGUCUGGUCGAGACUGGCUCGACGAAAGGUUUCAAGCUGAAAAAUUUCGUCUCGUCUUUUCUCCGACCCGACUGACAGCUCCUGAGUCUCGGAGGGUGUAGACUAUCGUGAAAGCAAAAUAUAGGACAUUUUUCUUUUGUUUUGCAUUGGAAGCAGGCAAGUCAUUAACCAAUCAGAAUAUCUAACUAUACCGAAAAAAAAAUGUAUCCAGCUUGAUUGUUGGCUAGGUGCUUUUCAAAAAAUUUCAGCGCCGGAAUAAAAUACUGAUUUUGGAAAGUUUUCUUGAAGGCGAAUUAAAGAUUUGAUCGAAUACCGUUCUAAUUUAGUGAAAAUGUUUUAUUUUUACACGUUAUUCGGUUUGUAAAUUGAGUAUGCACCCCCACCCCCUAUCGCUCCUGAGUUCUGUUUACUUUGCGGCACUGAAAGCGUUUGUCUCAUUGCAUUACAGGUUUGACCGAGCUUCAAAUGUUGAAAAAUGAGUUUCUGUCACUUCAGAACUCGAUCAUCCUUGCAAAGUGUAUUAGAGCCAGGUAAUUACAAGCAUAACUGUAAGAUAUCAAUGCCGAAUAUUGCAUGCUACACAAACCGUUGAAACUGUCCUUACAUGUUUGAGUUGUUUUGUUAGAUUGUGGGAGAAUUCAAAGUUUGUUUCAAGACAACUGGAGAAAAUUGGUAUAUACCACAAUACGUGUUUCGAAUUCAUAAAUGGUGAUUGAAGUACAUUCAAACUUCUUUUUCUUACAGUAAAAGACUAAGAGCUCUACUAUACAUUUCGUUUUAGGGCCUAUGUUAUCGACUAUGAUGGUCAACGCUGGUUUAACAACUUUCAAAAAAAUCGAGGAGACGAAUCCUAGAGAAAUAGAGAUGGUACAGAAUUUUGGAGUGAAAUGUCAAUCAGCCCAAUAGUAUUUAUUUUUAUUAUUUGUGAUGCCAAUUAAUUUUACUUUUCAGAUUGUGAAUCGCCAUCCACCCUUUGGAAGCCAGGUAAUCAGAUGUAAAGUGAAGUGUCUUUUCAUAGUAAAUUCUUAUGUGUAUAACAAAUAGCUUUGAAUAUGAUAUAUAGAAGAUGUGACGAUCAUAUUGCUGAAAUACACUUCUCAGGUUUAGUAACUGCUGCUUGGUUGACUAAUUUCCCGGGAAACUUUUUUAAAAUUAUUCAUUAUCACUCAACAUUGCAGGCAAACUUUCAUUCCUCAUUCUAUGAAUCGAUCUGAAGUGCGUAAAGAAACGAUAUCUACUGACUGAUGUAGAGUUAAGUUAGUUCAUCUUUGUAAAAACUUUGAUUUGUUGAUCGCAGAUUCGAGAAGCAGUUUCAAAUCUUCCAAAGUAUGAACUCUCCGUUCAGCAGGCAAGUUGCGUAAUUGUCUUUUUAGACAACGCCCUUUGCUUCACAUUAUUGUCUGUCACGGUUUAUAUCAACCCAAAGUAGACUGACCUCCGGAGAAACAAACACUGUUAUAAAUAUCUAAUAAUGGUGGUGUAGUGUUAUUGACUGGUCUGCGGUUUUCCACCAUAGUUGCAGGCCAUGGUAUGGUAUGGUAUGGUAACUUCAUUUAUACACGGUAUUUGCUUCAGGUACAUUUACUUUCAGGUAUAGAAAACUAACUACCUAACUAAACUAGAUUAUAAGAUGGAAACUAAAAUAAUCAAGAUGAAAAGAAAACACCUGCUUUUCAAGGAAGCCGUGUGUAAAAAUAACAUUUGGCUAAUUUAAAUUAUUUCACAAUCAAAAUUAAGGUCCCAUCACCUGCCUAAAUUUAUUCAUAUUAGAAAUCCCCCCCACUCGCACUCACGGGUGUAUUAAAAGCACGUUCGUUUUUAUCGUACGCGUUCUAAUCGAACCUGUAAUAGGUGGUAUUCCUAAAAUAACAUCUAUCUUUAUGACCAACAGUGAAGUUUUCUGACAACGGUUUAAUUUAUAUGGAAACUUCUGUAUAAAACAGGCUGGCAGACACCAACCCAAUCGUGCAGAGAUAGUGGUCACAGUAACCAUGACGAACUACCUUAAAAAAAAAGAAGCGAUCAGCACAGGAAGGAACACUCACUUUUGUAUUUUGUUGGUUUCUGACGCAGAUAACAAAGUGGUUUUUAAACAGAGACUAGGGUAAUUUCAUGUUAUUUAAGGACGAUGGUGACAAAGAAAGCUAUUUUAUCGACCUUGGAUUUUAAGUGAUAUUAACACUGAAAGAAAUGGGGCUGACUGUUAAAAGCAAAAAAAAAAAAAAAUGGAAUGGUGAUUAUAGUGUUUAUGAUGCUGAUAAUGAUAAUGACGACAAUGAUUAUGAUGAUGAAAAGGCAUGAGGACCAGUACAGGAGGAUGAGGAAAGAGGCACACGAAUAGCUGGAGUCAUAAUUGUAUUAUUGACGUUUUUUUUUCUACAAUGUGGCUUUACUGCCAUUAUGAUUAGAAUUUGGUGAGCGUCUCAUGCUUAUAUGGGUAAGCCAACUUAGAGAAGGAGAAAAUUUUUCCUCUUACUCAGGCCUUUUCAAAAUUUAUACUGAUUUAUUAUUAAUACUUAGUUUGCGAAGAGCUUUUUUUUAGUACUUUAUAUUCCAUUUUGAUACUAGGGACGCCUUUUUUAUGAAGGAGGGGUACUGGAGUAAGCGGGUGGAUGUACAGCGAACAAAAGUUCAAUCCUCGGAGCUCAGCAUCAACCUCAUUAGCCAAGAAUAUGGUAAUACCAAUUGAAUGAUAUAUGUGUAUAUACAGCACUCAUUGCCUUGGUUCAUUCAAAUGAUAUUUUUAAUACAGCAAUGUCUUAGUGACUCGGCCAUCUUCCAUAGACCGAUCGAAGAUGACUCUUGGUUUCUAUCAGCCAUGGGCUUGCUUCUUUUCAUGUUGCUUUGUCUUUUACCCUUUCAAAGACUGAGGAAACUGCUAUGUUUCUUUGUAAACGACUGCGAGAUAUGCAGAUAAUAAUCGUUACUUUAACUGCGAGUCUUAAUCAAUCAGUAUCACGUACAAUUAAUUUCAGUUGUUAGGGAAAAAAGCAUUAGGCACCCCUUUUCUCCUGACCCCGUGACCUCCCUCACUAGCAAAUGCGACGGCUAUACGCGUGGCGGCAAAUGAAUCCACCCAUAAUAAGCCAAACAACAAUACAUUUGCCGUCACUGCGCAUACGUAACUACGACGUAGGAGACCAGUACAUAAACUCCAGGAGAGUUGACAAAGAAGUGAGUUGGAAUAUAAACCGCGAUAAAAACUGAAAGAACUUGAAUUCGAUGAGCGAAGACAUUUCGCCGCCGUUGCCCGUCCUCGGAUCUUAAGGUCCAUAAUUUUGCUGAUAGUCAUUGCAUCUCUUUACUUUCAGUUGGUUUGGAUGUGAGUACAACCUAUUCCCCUUAUUAUAGUGGAGGCCAGGCCUACUUAACCGUAAGUACAAAGCAAUAUAAAGAAACAGAAAUCUGAUGAAGUCGUUUGGCAUCUUAAGAAUAUUUAUUACUCCAAACGGCAGCUUUUGAGUUUUUGCUGGGAGUUGGCGAAUUUGUUUUAUCAACUUGUCUUUUAGCUAAUUAAACCAAAUUUUCCCGGCACGCACGCCCAAACGGCUCAUCACAAAAUGUGGUACGCAAUACUCCUUCUUAACCUUGCACUGAAUUGAAUAAAAAACAAUUAUAUUUCUUUACUGUCUUUCCAGUGACUUCAGUCAGUCAGUCACUGUCAACAAAAUUCCUAUUCCGUGCUAGGCUUGCUCCAAUUACUUAUGACAUCACUCCUUAGUUCAAACGAUUCGCGAUGGCUACUAUAUAUCCUUUCUUGAGAACGCAUUUUAUUUUCAAAGGUUAAGAGAGAAUCACAAGCAAGUAAUCCACUGAAUGUGAAAAGGGUUGAAUCUAAUGUAAAUUUAGGUGAGUCUGAGUUGACCGUCUGUCUCUGAAUCAAGUUGCCUGUAAAACAAUAUAAAUUAUACAGUAAAUUUUUAGUAGUGUAAUUAAUCGUAGAGCUGAGUGAGUCAUUUAUUUGAAAGUCUGAUUAUCAGUCGAAAUGAAUCUGAUUGCCUGGAGAACGUGGCUGGAGACAGAAUAACUAUGGUUUAAGGCCAUGGAACUAGGACGUAACUACGGAUGAGAGGAUGGGUGUGUUUCUUAAAUAUUGAGCGACAACUCUUGUUGUUAUUUCCAGCGUCCACGUGCAGUUCUAUACCACAGACUGGAGGACUCGGAGUUCCUUGCAGUCAUCGAUGUUCCAAUAAGGACGCAUAUCCUUUUAAAAACAGAGCAGUGAACGAACGUUUUGAAAAUGAUACAAUCGUAGGCAAUCUAGCUCAAACCAAAGAAUAGUCUUGUCUUUGAAGUCUUGUCAAUAAGGACAAAACUUCUAAUCAUUCCGAGAUAGGACUUUCGAGAUUAAUCCAUCAAACACGAAGCAGUUAGGUUACAAGUCUGAAUUAGAAAAAACUAAUCUUUACAGUUCGAUUUUCUUUUCUUGCUUGUUACUAUAAGAUUCAAUUGAUGUGCUAUAUACCCUUAAUGAAACGCACUUGUGGUCACGACUGUUGCAAACAAGGAGUGAUUUCAAAAGUCAAGAAAAAGAAGGCAGAG